CAGAUGUUACGGUAAGGUGUAGGAAGCGAGUUCUGCCGAUCAGAUCCGAAAGCAGCCGAGUUCGCGUAACCCCCAUCUCCGCCGGCGCCGCCAUGAUUGUUAGUGGCAGUGAAGCCUGAAGAAGGGCAAGGAAGAGCACCACCUGAGUUUCGCAAGUAUCAGUUCAGUCCGGGCAGCAGCCAUGGUUCAGACGUGCUCGGCGUACGGCUGUAAGAACCGCUACAAUAAGGACAAAGACAUUUCCUUCCACAAGUUUCCUCUGGCCCGGCCAGAUGUUUGUGGUAAAUGGGUGGCAGCGAUGAGGAGAAACAACUUCAAGCCGACAAAGUACAGCAACAUCUGCUCGCACCACUUCACCAAAGACUGCUUCAAGAGGGACUGCAACAACCGAGUGCUGAAGGAGAACGCCGUGCCGUCGCUCUUCACCUUCAACCUCAAGUCGGAGUCCCUGGAGGAUCCCUUCCCCUCAGAGAUCCACUUCCCUCUCUCUCUACCUCUGACCUCUGACCCAGCGAUGGAGGAGGAGGAGGAGGAGCCCGAGAGGAGGCUGCCCGAGAUCCGGGGUGACAUGGUGGCGGUCUCCUGCGACCACAACUACACAGCGGAAGACUCUGCCCGGCAGAAGAAGCGCAUCGAGCAGCUGGUGGAGCAGUUGGGGAGUCUGAAGAAGAGGCUGAAGACGAUGCAGCAGAAGUGUCGGCGGCAGGAGAGGCAGCUGAAGAGGCUGAAGGCGACAGGUGGGACACGCGGGACUGGCCGCGAGCUGCCAGCAGCGUCUGGAGAGGGAUACGUGAUUUUACCGAGACACCUCUACCACACACUCAAAGGCACUGAGUAACGAGGAAUAGAGAAAGGAGACACGAUUGUGGUCAAACUGAGUGGCAGAUUAAAAUCUGCUGCAGUUUCAAUCUCCCAUCUGUCAGCAGCAGCCAGGCAGACUGUUAAAGUGCUCAUAUUAUGCUCAUUUUCAGGUUCAUAAUUGUAUUUAAAGGUUGUACCAGAAUAG